CAGCUUAACCAAACAAAAAAAGCUUUUGGAUUUUAUAUGCACGUAAGGAGCAGAGUACUCUGUUGUUUUAAAUUUUUACGCAAAUGAUACAAAAGAAAUUCAGUGAAGUUGAUCGCCGGAUUUUUUCUUUUCCGGCAGUUCAUCCUUGCGAAGCAGUAUCUCCGGCGACCCUUCUCGGUUCCUUAAUAGUUCUUUCUCAAAAUAUCGGUAAUUACCAAUCGAAAUUCUUCGCUAGCCAAAGAAGAAAUUCCCGGGAGGCAAUUCGAAAAAUCGGGAUUUUACUUGUGUUUUUCGAGGAGAUUCACGAUCGGGGUUUAAUUCUUCCCGAGACGGCCGUUCUUUGUUUCUCCGAGCUCCAUCUUACUUUCCAAAAAAUCCGGUUCUUAUUGGAGGAUUGUUCACGAGAAGGAGCAAGGCUAUGGAUUUUAAUGAAGUCAGAGAUGGUCGUCACUCAAUUCCGCGUGCUUAUUAGAACUGUGGCCACCGCCUUAGACAUUUUGCCGUUGAAUUCGAUGGAUAUUUGCGGCGAAGUGAAGGAAUUGGUGGAGUUGGUAGCGAAACAAGCACGGAAGGCGAGAAUCGAAAUCGACCCCAACGAUGAACGAGCUAUGAGACGAGUUCUUUCGGUUUUGGACCGGUUCGAGAAAGGAAUAGAACCAGAAUUUCAAGUCCUGAAAUGGGUUCUUGAUUAUCUCGAGAUCAAAACAUGGAGCGAUUGCAAUAAGGAAAUCAAGUUCUUGGAAGAACAAUGUGUUGAAAGUGAAGACAGGGAAGUGCCGUUUCUAAGUAGUUUGCUGGGUUUCAUGUGUUACUGUCGGGUAAGGAUUUUCGAUACAUUAGAUUACCAAAACGCCGACCAAACUGACGUACGAUGUAAUAUGGAGGUUCUCAGUUGUUUAAAUCCUGAAGAUUUUCGUUGUCCGAUAUCAUUAGAAUUAAUGAUCGAUCCUGUCACGGUCUCAACAGGACAAACGUAUGAUCGGUCUUCAAUACAAAAAUGGUUAAAAGCAGGGCAUACAAUUUGUCCCAAAACAGGGGAGAAACUAACCAAUACUGAAUUGGUUCCAAACACAAAUCUCCGUAAGCUGAUCCAUCAAUUCUGUGCCGACAAUGGGUUGUCUCUAGCCAAAACAGGGAAGAAAUCUCGGGACAUAACGAGGACGAUCCUUCCUGGAAGUCCGGCAGCCGCCGAGGCAAUGAAGUUUCUGUCGAGGAUAGUAGUGAGGAACCUGGUUUUUGGAACGAGUGAGCAAAAAAACAAGGCAGCUUACGAGAUUCGUUUGCUUGCAAAAGCAAAUAUUUUUAACAGGUCUUGUCUGAUUGAAGCUGGAACAAUCCCACCACUUUUGAACUUGUUGUAUUCUUUUAAUAAGUCUAUACAAGAGAAUGCAAUUGCAGCUCUUUUGAAGCUUUCAAAGCAUGCAAAUGGGAAGAAAAUAGUGGUUGAAAAUGGUGGAUUGAGAUCAAUUGUUGCUGUUCUUAAAAGGGGAAUAAGUUUAGAAGCAAAACAAAUAGCUGCUGCGACUAUAUUUUAUCUUUCUUCAGUGAAGGGAUAUAGAAGAUUAAUCGGUGAAAUUGAUGAAACAAUCCCUGCACUUGUUGAUCUUAUUAAAGAAGGUACCCCAUGUGGGAAAAAAAAUGGAGUGGUAGCACUAUUUGGUCUCGCUUUAUACCAUGGGAACCGUCAAAGGGUCAUUGAUGCUGGUACUAUCCCGUUGCUCCUCCAUAUUAUAGCGUCUUCGAAUAAAGACGAGCUCAUUGUGGAUUCGUUAGCGCUUUUGGCAACGUUAGUCGAGUGUCUCGACGGAACGUUAGCGAUCCUCCAGGCCUCCUCGUUUCCUUUAAUAACCCGGAUCUUGCAAUCUACAACAUCUCAAGCGGGGAAAGAGCAUUGUGUUUCAAUCUUCUUGUCUUGUUGCAAUAAUGGCGGUGACGAGGCCGUUGCCGUAUUGGCUAAGGAUACUUCGGUGAUGAGCUCGUUGUACUCGGUUACGACGGACGGUACGGCUCUGGCAAGUAAAAAGGCUCGGUCGUUGGUAAAGAUGCUUCAUAAAUUCCAUGAAACAAGCUCGUCUGGACAAGGGUGUCAAGCAUGUACGAAUGAACAAUCAGUUCAUGUUUGGUAGUAUAGUAAAAUUUAUUUGCUGCAUGUAAAUAUAUAUAUAUACUUAAUUAAGAUUUGAAUUUCGAGACAUUAGCUCAGUUUUUGUAGGAGCUAAUGGCUGCACAAUCAUAUACUUUACUUUUACUCUGAAUUGAAUUAUUUUUAUCAUAAUUCUUUUCUAUCAAAUAAAAUUAAAUAUGUUAGAAUUAAA